GACCCUGAUUCCAUUCUCAUCUUCAGCUCCUCUUCUCCUGCACUUCUCCUUGGAUUCCAAGUUUGUUCCUUUCGUCUUCUCAUUUCUUAUUUGUACACCGACCCCCCGGCGACCAAAAUCUCUCUCUUGAGCACGGCAGAUCCCGGCACGCGGCGAUGGACCUCUUGGAUCGAGUGCAGAGUUGCCAUGACUACAUCAGAGCGCUCGAGGAGGAGCGCAAGAAGAUCGAGGUCUUCCAGCGGGAGCUGCCCCUUUGCCUUAAACUUGUUACGCAUGCGAUCGAGAGCGUGAGACAGCAGAUGAGCGACGGUGAGAGGGUGAGCAAUGGGCCUGUUUUGGAGGAGUUCAUCCCUCUAAAGCCGAGCUUCAAGUCGCCGUCAUCAGGGGCAGUGGCGGCGGCGAUCGGGUCGGAUAGGAAGCCUGACUGGCUUAGAUCCGUCCAGCUCUGGAAUCAGGAGCCGGACACGUCUCUUAAAGUGGAGCCACCGAAGAAGCCGAUCGCAGUGAGCGCGAAGAGGAUCGGCGGCGCAUUCCAGCCUUUCGAGAGGGAAAAGCUCGUCGUGCCACCGCCGGCUUCCAGGGCGGUGGCUGCGAGCUCCACUAACAGUGCUGGUGGUAGAGGAGAGGGUGGGGGAUGCGGUGAUAGCGAUGGUAGUAGCAGCGGAGGAGAAAAGGAGGAGAAGGAGAAGGAAGGGCAGUUUCAGUCCCAUCGGAAGACGAGACGCUGCUGGUCGCCAGAUCUCCACCGCCGCUUCCUGAACGCCCUUCAGCAACUCGGCGGCUCCCACGCUGCAACGCCGAAGCAGAUCAGGGACCUGAUGAAGGUCGACGGGCUCACCAACGACGAGAUCAAGAGCCAUUUGCAGAAAUAUCGGCUGCACACCAGACGACCGAGCCCUGCGGUUCAGAGCAGCAGCCACCCGGCACCGCAGUUUGUGUUGUUGGUUCCUCCGCCGGAUUACGCUGCGGCCGCCGCGGUUGCAGCUGCAGCGCAACCUGGAAAUGGUGCUUGUGCUCCGACGAACGGAAUCUACGCCCCGGUGGCAUCGCUCCCGUCAGACCCGAGAUUUCAGCAGCAGCUGCAGACGAAGAAACAAUACCAAAGAUCGUGCAGUGGAGGAGAAGACAGCACGGGGGGUGACGACGAUGAUGCCACUAACACGGAGUCCCUUGCAACCUCGGCCUCCUCCCAAACUACGACGGCAUCACCUCCGUUUUGACUGAGAGCAGCUUCACGACAUGUGCCGUCGAAAAUAAUUAGACAGAAGAUAUACAUGAUGCAUGGUUUAGUCUCACCGAGGUGUCGUAAACGAAGAUACUGAGUUCAUACUAUUGAUGCAGAGUUUUGCCGAACCUUCUGCUGCUUUAUUCUCCACUGUUUGACUAUUUCUUAGCUGUAAAUUGAGAUCAGGAACAGAUAGUGUCGAGCAAGUUCUCUCACGAUCACGAUUCAGAAUAUGAUAUUGGUGGUCGAAUCUCAUUAUUGAUAUCAGAAAGGCAUUGAAAUGGCUUUAA